AUGAGUUUUGGUGCCGGAUUCGAUUCUGGAGGUGUCAUACAACAAUUAUUAGUCAAAAAUUCAUCAUUGCUCAUAUUGCUACUUUUUAUGUGUGUCAAAAUUGCCGAUUGUGAACAUCGAACUCACGAAUGCUCAACAGAAGGAGCUAUUUGCUCAGAACAAGCAGCUACAGUAUGUCGGAACAAUACGUGAGUUAUUUUUUUUUGCUUUUUCAUUAACACAAAAAAAAUAGAAAAAACUAUGUGCUAAUUGGAACUAAUGGUUAUAUAUUUUUGCUUUUUUGUUCCGGUGAAGCAAGUGGAAAAAAACAGGAAACAUCAAGUUAAACUUUUCCGCAUUCGCUAAGGCACUUUUCGUGUUCAAAGUGCAACGGAAUUUAAAAUUUAUACAACCAAAAUGGAGUAAUCCAAUGAAUGAAUAAUUUUAUUCGAUUAUCUAAAAAAAAAACGCCUUCCGCAAACUUCCCCUUUUUUUAUCAAGUUGUUGCGAAAAGAAUCGAAAUUCGUUUUCGUUUUUCUCCCCCUUUCUUUCCUUGCUCCUCAAAAGUCCUUUUUUCAAACCAAAGAAUCACAAUUUUUGUCUCCACUACAAUUAAUAAUAAGUGCAGAGUCAUUUGGUUCUUGGUUUUUUUAGCCUCAGAAAAAACGAGGAAAACUACGAAAGAAAGAAAAAAUGAAAUAUGUUUGGUUUGGAAGGAAAUGACGGCGUUUAAAAAUUCGAAAAAAAAAACACUUUUUUUCUGGCACAAUGAGUUCAGGGUGAAGUGAAGAAGGAAUUUAGUACUUUUUUUUGUAGAAAAUUUCAUUUGUUUAUUUUCCUCUGAAAAAUCAUUAAUUCAAACAUAAAUAGUCCAAAAUUGAAGCUCCACUCUAUGUAGAAAAAUAUACAACUCUUCCAAAACCACUCUCAUUUUCCCAAGGGCAUAUCAAAAGUGAGGAGAUCAUGUGUGAUAAUUCUUCUUUUUCUACUUUGUCUUUCUUUUUCUCCGUCCCAAUAUGUACAUUUACUCUGCCAAAGAAAAGCAAGGAAAGAAGAAAAAAUAGAAACUCAAGUCUCUCAAGGGACUAUUGCGCGAAGAAAUGCGAUUUUUCAACAACACCAAGUGGACGAACAAAACAGGAAAUUAUAAUGAAGUGCAUUGAAACGGUUUCUCUUUUAAAAGAAAAAAAAAAGAUGGAAGAGUAUCUAAAGGGCACAUUUCUUCAUUUUUUCUUUCCAAAUUAAUUGGCUUUGUCAGCAGAACAAACUCUUUCUAUUUUCCAAAAAGGGGGUUAAAAUGUAGUUGUACUUUAUAAUAAUUGCAAUGUGAGAAUAUAAAAAAAUAUGCCCUUCAAUUACUGAUAUUUUUGUUAUUCUCAUAAUUCUAAAGAAAUUGAGAACAACACAUGGGUUUUGUCUGUUCGUGGAAGUAUUUGUUGUUUUUUUCCAAAAACAAAAUUGCAAAAAAAUGAAAACAAAACAGAUUUCUUUGCGCUAUUCAACGAACCAAAUAAAAAGAAAAGUCAAACAGGGACUUCUUCAUAAAUAUUUCCUUACUAUAUAUCCCAUUUUUUGCUCCUUUUCUUAAUCUCGAUUUGUUUGGGGUUAGACUAAUCGUAUUUCAAACAAAAAAAAUGGGAGAGGAAAAAAGGAAUCUAUUAUUUUCUCCAUUUUAUUUUAGAAAAGGCGUUUUUUUUUGCUGAAGGGAACAUCAAAAAUUGACCAUGUCAUGUUUUUCACAUAUUCUCAAAGCUAUGUAUAUUUGUUACACAAAUAGCAAAGAAUAUAUAUAUAUUUAUAAAUAUAUAUAUUCUGUUUGAAAAAGAUGAAAUGAAACAAAAAGAAAAUCACAUAAAAAUGUUCAUUUCAGAUGUGUUUCUGCUUGUUCAAUUCGAGGAAUGAAAGAAUGCGAUUGUGAUUCGGAAGAUGAUAAAUAUUGUUAUCUUUGUUGUGGAAAUUCGGAGAAUAAAUGUGCGCCGGCUCAUAAUCAUAAUAUUCUAAGGUUUCUAUUUCCCACCAGUAUCAAAACCAAAAACAAACAAACAAAUGACUAUUUCGUUUCAUUUUUUUUUGCAGGCCAAAUGGCGAACGAUGGGAACGAGAAGCUUGUUCAAGGUGUCGAAUGCAUGGGAGCGAAUUAGAAGGCUUGCCGUGUGAUGAUACAGACUCGAAAAGAUUGUGUAUAGGUUUGUAUAAAUGCAAAAAAAAAACAAAAAAAUAUAUAAACAACACCAACUGACAAUUCAAUUAGUAUGAUUUAUAUUUGUGUUUUAGGUGGACGUUGCUCAAAUUCUGUGUGUCAUACGAAAAAACCUGGAUCUGUCUGUGAUAGAAAGUAUGUUUCCGGUGAAAGAAUAUCAUAGAAACUAAGAACGGUUUUUUUUGCAGACAAGAAAAACUAUGUGUGGAUAAUGUUUGUGAGAAUCCAUGUACACGAGCUGCACCACAUUUGAUGGUGUGUGAAUGUCCUUCAAUUGAUCCAGAUACGGGUUUUGCAUCGGAAGAUCGAUGUCAAUUAUGCUGUUAUGAUUUCACGGCGGUGAGUUUUGGGAGAAAAGCCAUUCCUAAUUUUAUUGAAAAAAUUGUAGAAGCCGUCAAAUCGUCGAUGUCAAAAUGCAUACAGAAAACACAAAAUUAUGGAUAUAUUUUCGAAACCAAUUUGGCGUGUUGGCCUUGAAUGUGCGGGUGGUAAAGUUUGCAACAAAUAUGGGGUUUGCUCAUCGUCUCAAAUGUCCCUAGUGAUUCCAUUUCUCUUCAUACUUUUUGUAUUUUUCACAAUUUGA